UUGAUAAUUUUAUUAUCAUCGCUUUUUAUAAGAAUUUUUUACGUAAUAAUAACAGCAGAUGAAGAAAAAUUACGUGAUUAUGAUGGAUACAGUGCAAUUGUUCAGUUACAUUAUGAAAUGGAUGAUGAUAAAUCUGGUUCGAUUGAUCGAAUUGAAUCCACCGGUUUUUUAAAAGAAGAUAUGCAUAUCGGUGGUGAUGAUCGAGUGACUCGUGAGAAAGCUUUUCACCAUAAUAAUGACGAAUUAAUAACAGUGGAUGAUUUGUGGAAAUCUUGGGUUGAAUCUGAGGAACGUUCGUGGACAACACAACAGAUGGUAAAUUGGAUGGAACACACUGUUAGAUUACCACAGUAUUCUGCUAUUCUUAAUUCGCUUAGUGUUAAUGGACGCGCUUUACCAAGAAUGGCCUUGAUGAAUUCAACAUAUUUAUCCUAUGAUCUAAAAGUCAAAAAUUCUGCCCAUAAACGGAAAAUUCGACUUAAAGCACUUGAUGUCGUCUUAUUUGCUGAAAAGUCAUCGCAGCUGAAGGAUAUUGCAUUGUCAAUAUUACUAGUGGUACUUGCUAUUGUACUGGUAAUAUUUAAUAAGCACCGCGCCCGAUCGAAAUAUGAGGUUGAUCAAUUAACCUCAAAGUUAUCACAGUUAAAGAUAAUGAAAAGCGAUUUCGAAGAUACACAGCAAAGGACAUGCGAAUUUGAAUUAAAUUAUAUCGGCCAGCUGCGUAUGGAUUGUUUAGCUGAAAUGCGUGAAGCAAUUGAACAUAUUGAUAAACUUCGUAAAAAACAAUCAAGUUUAGUAUCCUCAAUAAAAUUAGCUACUGGUGCAUCUACAGGAACUGAUCAAAUUGAUUCAAAAAUAUUUUCUUUGAAAGGACGUAUGGAAAAAAUAUCGUUAGCAAUGAGCGAAUCUUAUCAGCGAUGGAUUGAAAUUGAAUCGCUCUGUGGUUUUCCGCUAUUUAUUAAUGCAGUUUCCAAUGAUCCUUUAUCAAAUGGUUAG